CUUGCACACGCUCGGGAUUUGGAAUACUACCCAACCAAAUGGGUUAGCUGUCCCUGAUGCUAGCAUGCACCCUGUUAAUUCAACGGAAGAUGUUUUAGAAUUGAUGAAAAUUGGUUUAGCAAACAGAGCUGUUGGUGCUACUGCCCUCAAUGAAAGAAGCAGUAGGUCCCACAGUGUACUUACAGUUCAUGUACGUGGGACCGACUUGGAGACCGAUUCGGUUUUACGUGGCUGUCUACAUUUGGUAGAUCUUGCAGGCAGUGAACGAAUUGACCGCUCCGAGGCCACAGGGGAUAGAUUACGUGAAGCGCAACAUAUAAACAAAUCUUUAUCUGCAUUGGGGGAUGUGAUCUUUGCUUUAGCACACAAAAGCUCUCAUGUACCAUACAGAAACAGUAAACUCACUCAAGUUCUUCAAAGCUCCUUAGGUGGCCAGGCAAAGACACUCAUGUUUGUUCAGCUGAAUCCUGAUGUGGAAUCUUAUCAUGAAACUAUAAGCACCCUAAAGUUUGCUGAACGUGUUUCUGGAGUUGAGCUUGGAGCUGCAAGGAGUAAUAAGGAGGGUAGAGGCAUGAAAGAGCUCAUGGAUCAGGUGGCAUUUCUCAAGGACACAAUUGCAAAGAAAGACGAGGAAAUUGGACGGUUGAGGACCCGAAAAAGCAAUGCAAGUGACGAGAGGCGUGGCUUGGGCUCACUAAGGAGGAAUGGGUCCCCCUCUUCAGGCCGCCAUUCGUUAGGGGGAAUCCCACAAAGUCGCAAAGCACACAGAAGUUCGAGGCUUUCUGAGAAAGCUGCUUCGGACAAUAGUUCUGAGUACAACAGUGAUAGGCUCUCUGAAGGUGGGUCCCAACAGUCAACAGAUGAGUUCAGGCACCGCCACCACCACGCCGGAUUCCUUCAGGAUUCAAGGUUUGUUAUGGCAAGCGCGGGUCAAAAUUUCGUGGAAGAAGAUGAUAAGGAACUGUUAGGAUUUGGCGAUGGAGAUUCUGAAGAAAGAUUGAGUGACAUCUCUGAUAGUGUUCUGUCAAUGGGGACUGAAGCAGAUUCCAUCAAUAGUAUCAUAGAACACUCAUUUUUCCCUGAAGCCUCCAAACCUCCUUCGGAGACAGCCGAGAAGCCCAACAUUCCCGCGAAACCCGCGAGGUUGUCAGAAAAGCAGACAUCAAAGGCGGCACCACCAUCACGGGCGUCACUGAACAAGACUGCCUCUAAACUUUCAAGUUCAAAAAAGGCGAUUGGGAGCAGCUCUUCUGCUGCUAGACCUUCCAAGAGAUGGCAGUAAGAUGGGAGGGAGAGAGAGACAGAGAGAGAGAUUGUAACAAGAUUAUUAAUCUUUGGGAUGAUUUAGUUAAUUAACCCCAAACAUUAUUACUUUCAUGAAGAAACAAUGGGAAAAAUGGAACUAGGAAUUUAUCAUAGAUGGAUUAUUCCUGUGUAUAUUAAUUAACCUGUGGAAGAAGGCAUAUCUCCCUAAUAUCAGAAGGACCCUUCUCAGUUUCUUCCCCUGUUUUCUAUUUGAUGCCGUUUAUCAUAGAUGGAU